AUGCUGGUCUUGUCGGUCGUUUCAAGGUUUUAUGCAUUUAUUUUUCUCAUGUCUAAUUAAAUAUGUUUCAGGUAAAUGUUGUUUAGUUCUUCAAAAACAAUAGAAACGUUUCCAUCUGCUGUGUAGCGUUGUAUCAUUUCAGCCUUUCCCCCGUCUGUAAAAGAUACUCUGACCCAUAGCAGUAAUUUCCAAAUUACACAUAUAAAACAAAUAACCACACUUUGUUUUUAUUAGAAACAAUCACAUUCUUGUGGCCCACACUAUGAUAAAUGAUAAUAAUAAACGACCUUCACUUAAAACAUUUGCAACAUACAAAUGUUGAAUAUAAAGGCACGAUUGUCAUUAAAUGUAUGUUUUAAUUAGGCUGAGCUGAACAUCUGAUUUGAUGAGAGUAUUACAUGUUAAAUCAGCUUGCCAUACAGGGGUUGUAAAAAAUAGCAAAAUAAAAAAUAAGACAAAUGCUUCAAUUCCAAAUACAUGCAUGAUUUUUGAAAGGAAAAAAGAAAGAAUUUUAAUAUUCUGCUUUAUACAAUUUGAAUGCACGAUUCCUAAUUGUUUACAUUAUUUCUGUCUGUUUACUUUGUGUUCCCUGGCACCAAACCACUCACAAACAAUCAGAGCUGUCCCUUCACAAGAUGCUCUGAGUCCUACACCCUAACUCAAGAAUAAAUUUAAAGCGAGUCAGAGCUUUAUUUGCAUCCAUCUGCAGGGACACUUGAGUGCCAUUCAUCCGUCAGGAACAAGGGUGGGAGUCGAGUCUGGACUAUUUUCCCCUACUCACAUGCUUGACUCAGUCCGGAUGGGCACCAUCUACCAGGAUAUGCUGGCCUGUGAUGCAAAAAUUAAGACUUUAUCAUUUGGUGGUUUGGAAUAAUGUAUAAAGGUGAGCUUAGAUGGAUGGUGACUGACAGACAGACGUGUGAAGCUCUUAGAUUUAGUGCAACGGCAACCACCGUUUCCUCUACCUCAGCGGAAGACAAAACAGCAGGUGCAUGCAAAAUAAGCAACAGUUAGACGCUGAGCCUCGUCCUGCAGGCUACAACUGUAAGUUUUGUUUUCUCUUAUUCAAAAAGAUGAAGUUUGUUUUAUUUCUUUUUCCCUAUAGAUCAUUUUUAUGUGCCAUUUAACAACAAGAGCGUCUCAUGGGCUCUGCGUUGCAUGCCCGUGGCUCUGAUCCCAAUCAAGCGGUGUGGUGGGGCGGUGUUGUACGCGUGUUUGAGAUGAUCCGUGCUGUGGCUUCUCCCCCCCUUCAGUCACAAAACGCACAUGUCACAUUUUUGCAGGGAGAAAAUGUGUGAGCAGGUUGUGAAGUCAGGAAUGCAACCCUGUCAGGGGAAGAAAAUAACAAUGUGAAGGGAGGAGAGACAAAGGCUUAUAGAGAGGCUGGCAGGGAAAGAAACGACGAGAGGAUAAACCUGUGCAGCAGGUUUGCGUCGGCGUACGUAUCCUUCAUGCAAAGCUGAUGGGAAGAAAAGAGGAGGCACAGGGAGGGAGCUGAUGUCAUUACCAGGCCCAACAUCGUGGCUUUGGGCACGACCAGAAGUCUCACUCUGAUAAGGUGGGAUUUAGCGGGGUGGGGGUUUUAAAGGGACUGAAUUCAUAUGCUUUCUGUCUUUGUUUUGCGUUGUUUACCGGAGGUUGCCUGGGUUACACACGGCGUUAUGAGAACAGGUGUUUCUGUAAACCGACACCUGUGUCUCCUACUCACAUAUAGUCUUAAUAAGAUGAUUUAAAACUCGAGUAGAAUCACAAUAAACCGAAGGAUGCUUUGAUCUUUUGCAGACGUGGUGGUUUUUAACACUUCAAACCUCCGUUUGGACGCUGUGGAUUCAGUCUUUGUCCGUCAGCAGAGCGUCGUGUUUGCCUCAUCAGUUUGUGUGAAAAUCAAAGUGGCUUCCCCCUUUUUGUUGUUCUGCUUCUGUCAGCUGAUUCCACCUGGAUGCACCGACCCACGCUUUCUGUCCUUGCUUUGGUCCCGUGAGACAGAGACGCCGUCCACGCAGGCGGGUAGCGGUGAUUCAAACCCUUGUUUUUAGUUUGGUGGAUUGCUGUCGGGUGAGUCUUUCCUGUUUUAGCUUCAGGUUUAGCUGACAGGUAGCCCUGAGAAUGUCACUUGUGUAAACAGACGUCGCAGUACGUGACAGGAGCAGAGCCACUGGCUGAACGUGCCCUUUCAGAGGGACGGGGACUUCAGGACGGCGGAAUAACGUGGGCUCUUACCACACUGAAAUGGGAACACGCUGAACCAAGCGUGGAAACUGGAGACGUCUCGGUGCAACAAAUCCAGAAGAAGAAACAAACAACAAAGCAGAUGAUUCCAGGGAAUAUUUCCAUUUUCAGCUGAGAGUCUCUUUGUUUGUGUUCCUGCAACAGUCACACACUGUUUGCUCUCAGAUGGAGUGUUUCCGUAGUCUGGACUAAACGACGAGCUCCAGGGUCGCUUCUUUGUUCUCGUUUGGGGAUUUCGAACCUGGCAGAAGGUCAAUAAGUUUAAUUCUGCUCUCGUAAAAUGGACUUGUCUUUGCUCGCUGCUGCAUCAAGUGAAAACGGCACACGGGGGACAGGUGCGUGCUUCACCGUCCGCUCAGCCAGCCCUCCCUCAUUCAGUUUCACUCGCAGGUCGGGCGUUCGGAGGAGGGAGACCGCCAAAGGUGUCAGAGAAGAAGAUAAAUGUGGCACGCGUUCAGGCCCAGAUCGUGCUGAGGACAUGAGAGUCGAAGAGAAAGAUGCAUCAGGUCAUCAGAUGUCAGCAAAACCAAACCAGAAUGGAACAGCACCAGAGAACGGCGCUGACGGGGAAGCGGACGCUGUUUUUGAAAACCGAGGGAGGACACACGUGUGGAAGUCGUACCUACCGAGCAGAAGUCAGAGUUUAGACUGGAGAUCAGAGGCAAGGAGCCCAGUUCAGAGCACCAGGACUGAUCAGGAGUCAGUUAAAGGACAAACAGACUUCAGUAAACAGGUGGGAAGUUUAAAAGAAAGGAGGUUCGAAACUGGAGUCGGUCCGACAGGAAGAGGGACUCCUGCCGAUUACAGCAACCUGACUUUGGACUGGACCAGCAAAGUUCAUUCACUCCCUUCCAGGUUUAGAUCCGAGCCCGGCUCAAAGUCUGCAGAGAACCCAUUUGGACCCAAAGGUGGUCGGAGCAUCCAGGAGCGAAUACAGAAACUUUACAAGUCGGCCGGAGAGAAGACAGAAGGGGGGACCUUUCCCCGGCGGUUCUCAUCAGGUGACAAGCACAGUCCGGUCCAAAACAGGGCGUCUUUCAUCUGGACUCAAAGCAACACUUGGUGGUCUGGGAGUUUGGAUUCUUCUGAACCAAAAAACCCAAAAGAGACAUCCGCAGCGAGGCAGCGACCGCUCGGCAGCUUGUUUUCAGAGCAUUUCGAUUACUGGGAGAAGGAGGAGUUGGAACUGGGCACAAAGUCUCUGGACAGAGCAAGAAGUAGGAACACCAAAGCAGCUCAGAUCAGAUCUGCCAGGACUGUAGGGGAGGUUUCUGGAUCCACAUGGCCACAACCGGCUUCAGAUGAGACUUCAUCUAGAAGCAGAGGGAGAACAUCAAGCUUAAACCCAGAAAUACUCAACGUGCAAGGAAAGGACGAUGAAGGAGCAAAUGCAUUAACUACGCAGAGGAGUGUUGCAGCCGACGAAGAUGUGUUUGAGGCAGAUUCUCAGAAAAUCACCAUGAAAGCAGCAGACAGGAGCCCGCUUCCAGAGAAGCUGUCGUCCUCUUCUUCAGCCGGCGUGAGAAAUAAGAUCAGUCAGUUUGAGGCGCUGACGCAGAAAGCAACAAGCCAAUCGCAGAUGCCCAGACGGACGUUUUCUGUGCCGGCAGGGCUCCACAGAGGCUACGGCGGCGUAAAGAAGAGCGAGUCGGUAAAAGAAAUAGGCAGGAAAAGGGACCGGUGGGAGGAGAUGAAAGAGGGAGAGAAUAAAACGACAGAAAUGGGAAAGAAAAUCUUCCCAGUCAGGUCCUUAUCGGUGGACGAAGUUGGACUAAGAUUAGGGAAGACCGGGUCAGAACAAAGUCGCUCGGGAGGCAAAGACAAAAAUGACUUCUCGGUGGAUUUUGACAAAUACUCUAGAGCCAAGAAAACGUUGCACAUCCCUCUGAAUGAAGAAACUCGAACGAACAAAAGAACGUUUUACUUUGACGAGACAGACUUCGGUCUCGAGGACAAGAGCAAGAAUAACACACCAACCACCAGCGCGCCAUCUUCGUUUGGCAUUUUCUCAUCAGUCAGAGGUGGAGACCAGACUCCAACUAACAUCCCCGAUGACUUCGUUUUUGGUCCACAGCCAAAAGACGGCCCUUCUGCCGCAGACAGCAAAAACAAAAGGACUUCUGGAAUCAACGUAGACACAACUGAAGAAACCAACUCUUCUCAUCUCCCUCCUGGCGUUUCCUACCACAUCUCAGGCAUCAGCACGACCCAGGGAUGCAACGCCAAGGAGGAUGUUCCCACUCUGCUUCCUGCCUCCGACUCGGAAAGCAGCACGCCUGACGUCUUCCGUCCAGAUGUUAAAACAGACCACCGGAAAGGAAAGAAGCAGCUGAUGGACCUGAGUGCAUGGGUGGCCAGUCUGAACCCAGAGUAUCAGUCUCUGAAUGACUGCAUUGGUCAUUAUGAGGACGAUGAUCAAAGCACUCAGAAGGACGAUGAUUCUGACUCUGGGGAUUCCUCUGUGACCAUCACCAGUAGCACGAGCCAAUCAGAUCGCAGGAGCUUCAGUAUAAGCCUCUCGGACCUGUGUAACUUUUCUGGUGUUGAGUGUGAAUCGGAAAACAACGCGGCUGACUGGGAGGUACAUACUGGGCGCACCACCUCCAUGAGCUCGGAUAUGUCGACCUUCUCCUGCGUGUCGCUGUUGCCCACCGAGGAGCUCGAUCAGCUGCUGGAAGACGUCAGGAGUCUGGGGGACGAAACUCUGCAGGACUAUAAUGAAGUCCAGGUGGUGGUUCUCCAUAAGGAGGAGGGAGUCGGACUGGGCUUCAGUCUGGCAGGAGGUGUGGACCAAAACAAACCCAUCACUGUUCACAAAGUGUUUCCCUCAGGUGUUGCAGCGCAGGAGGGCUCAGUGAGGGAAGGCUAUCAGGUUUUGUCUAUUAAUGGCACCGCGCUGUCUGGGACCGCCCACUCUGAGGCUCUAAGGGUUCUGAGGAAGGCGAAGGCUCGGGAUAUGGCGGUGGUGGUCCUGAAGAGGGGUGGUGACGGGGGGGCCUCUGUGAAGGGGGUGCAGAAAGAAGAUAAGUGUGCAGACGUUCGACAGGAAACAGGUCAGCGUGUGUGCAUGCAGCUGCAGAAGAUCGGCAGGGAUCUGGGCUUCAGCCUGCAGGGAGGAGUGGGCUCUAGUGAGGGCAACAGACCGCUCACCAUCCAGAAGAUAUUCCAGGGAGGACCUGUUGAUAAGGUAUUUCCUGGUGAUGAGGUUUUAGAAAUUAAAGGCACUAGCUUGUUGGCCAUGAGACGUCUGGAGGUCUGGACUUUCAUCAGAGGUCUUCCGCCUGGACCUGUGGAGGUGGUGCUGCGGCGCCCUCUUCUACAUCAGCAGACAUGAGGAUUAGAAAAGAAGCUGUUCGCUGCCUGCAGAGGAAGACGCACCGCUGCUUUAAGGCCCGGGUGCAGCCAGCAGAUCCACCUUAAGACACUCAGAAACAAGCGUUUGCUUUUCUCUCACUUCCACUCUUUUGCAGAGUUACCCCGGCAACGUGAGCAUCAUUGCUACAUAGCUUCAAUGAAAUACACAGACUGCUUAAAAAUGCAUCGAGUCAGCUAACAUUUGAAGCAAACUGUCAGUGAGAUAAGUAAAAAGAUAGCACUUGCAAAAUAUCGCUAGCCUAGUGAGCUAGACCAAAUUCUUGCGUUGCAAAGUUUGGUCUAGCAACGCUCCAUUGGAACCUCUGCAGCCCCAACAGCACUCUGGCUGGCCAAUUACAGCUCUCUAGAGGGGUUUCAAACACAUAAAGAGCUGGGAUUGGUCCAUAAUGGUGGGCCAAUCAUAGUGCUCUAUCUGCUUAGUGAACAAAUCACAGAGCUUUAUCCGCUUUGUGGGCCAAUCAGGGCACUCUAUAUGCCUGCUGGGUGGGAUGAUGCAACAGAGUGAAACAAGAGUACGUCACAUUCAUCGUCCAGUGGAAUGUGGAGAUCAUUUGAAAGACAACGGUAGAACCCGCCCCACAACCGAGAGCCGUCAAUGGAGCGUUGCCAGACUAAAUAAUACGUUUAUUUAGUCUGGCUUGCCAGGCUAAAAUAUCGCCCUUGUUGUGUAAAAAUAUAAGCUGUGAAUAACUGAUUUUUUAUGGCUUUUUAAUAAACGCUGACAGUUUGUCAUCCAUCA